AUGGCAUCCAAGGUUGGAGCAAAGGGUGCUCAAGCCGAAGUCGAGGUGGCCCAGGCUGAGGCUCCUCGGUUCGAGAAAGUCUCUUGGACUAAAGAGCCCCAUUUGAGGAGACUUUAUUUGAUGUCACUUGUAUUGAUGGUUGCAUCUGCAACUACCGGUUACGAUGGUAUGCUAGUCAACACGUCCCAGCUGAUUGACUAUUGGGGAGACUAUUUCGGUGACGAUGUUGUCGACAAUAAUAAGCUUGGAAUUCUUGUCAACAUGUUCAAUAUCGGAUCUAUUAUCAGCUUCUUCAUAACACCCUAUGUCGCGGAUCACUACGGUCGAAAGAUCGCCAUCGUCAUUGGAUGUCUCUUCAUGGUUCUUGGAGGAUGCCUCACGGCGUUCUGCAAUGGCUACGGGAUGUACAUUGGUGGCCGAUUCCUUCUCGGAUUUGGUAACUCUCUGGCGCAGAUGUCUUCUCCACUGCUCCUGACUGAAAUAUGCCAUCCGCAACACCGUGGUCCAGUCACUGCCAUCUACAAUUGUCUGUGGAAUGCUGGUGCUUUGCUCGUCUCUUGCAUCGGUUGGGGCACUGCAUACAUUAACAGUGAUUGGUCCUGGCGAAGCAUCACCUUUAUCCAGAUCGUUCCCUCUCUGAUCCAGCUUGCAUUCAUUUGGUGGCUUCCGGAGUCGCCCCGUUUUCUUGUCAACAAGGAUAGACACGAAGAAGCGCUUCAGGUCCUUGCCAAGCAUCAUGCUGGCGGGGAUGUUCACAACGCUACUGUUCAGUUCGAGUUUCGAGAGAUCAAGGAAACAAUUCGUAUCGAGAAGGAAGCCGACAGAGCGACUGGCUAUUUGGACUUCUUCCGCACAAGGGGUAAUCGCUGGCGAUUGGCUAUCAUCAUUUCGCUUGGUAUCAUCUCUCAGUACUCUGGUAACGCUCUCUUCUCCAACUACAUGAACGCCGUCUAUGAGGGUGCCGGCAUCACUGAGCAAAAUCAAAAGCUUGCUCUUUCGACAGGCAAGACGAUCCUCGAUCUUAUUGUUACCAUUUCUGCCGCCUUGACCGUCGAUAGAUUUGGUCGUCGUCCCUUGUUCCUGAUCUCUACGUUCGGGAUGGUAUUCUCGUUCGUCUUGUGGACCAUUACUGGCGCCGUCUACGAGAACUCUCAUCAGAGAAACCAGCACUCGGGCUAUGCUCAGCUAGUUUUCAUUUGGCUAUUUGGUGUAUUCUACGAUAUUGGAUUCUCUGGUCUCCUGGUCGCCUAUGCCUUGGAAGUCCUGCCAUUCCAUCUCCGUGCAAAGGGAAUGAUGAUUAUGAAUAUCACGGUGCAGGCUAUUCUUGCACUCGGCAAUCAAACAAACAAGAUUGCCUGGGACAAGCUGCCUCAUCACUGGAACUUCAUGUUGUUCUAUACCCUCUGGGAUUGCGUUGAAUUGGUUUUCGUUUGGUUCUUCUACGUCGAAACUAAGGGCCCGACCCUCGAGGAAAUUGCCCGUAUUUUCGACGGUGAUGACGCCAUUGCCCAUAUUGACUUGCAUGAAGUCGAGAAAAAUUUGCACCUUGACCACGAAGAAGAUAUCAACGCAGCCGCAAUGCAUGGCAAUAAGACCGCAGCUUGA